CUCAAGCCCUUCCCCUGUUUUUCCUGAGCCUGGGACAAAGUGAGAAUGGUCAGGAAGCAGUCUAUCUUGUUGCAAAAUGAUAAUGUUGCUUGCCGAGAACUCCAUGAGAGGAUGAGUGAAAAGUCCCUUUAAAAAAAAAAAGGCGAAAUACAGUAUUGUGCAUCUUGAAACCUGAAACCAAGAAACAGAAGUGCAGGGAAUACAAGGGGAAAAAAUUCUUGCAAAUUCUGAGGACAACUGCAGCAAGUGGAGUUUUGAGGAGUGAAAUCUAUUUAUAUCUUCGAAGGUCGUUGAAUGGCUCUUUUGGAGAAAGCUGUGAAAUAAGGGAGUUUUGGAAGAAGACAACUUUUUUCUUCUCCCAUUUUCUGGAUAUAAUGGCUAUUGCAAAGCAAAAAGCCUGGAGAUUUGGCUUCAAAUGUUUCUUCUUUGCAACCUUUAUGUUAGCCUGUGAUGGACAAGGUGGAAAUAGAGAGAAUGGUGGCCCUGCAUGUUAUGGAGGAUUUGAUUUGUACUUCAUUUUAGACAAAUCAGGAAGUGUCCUGCACCACUGGAAUGAAAUUUAUUUUUUUGUGGAACAUCUGGCCCACAAAUUCAUAAGCCCCCAGCUGAGGAUGUCUUUUAUUGUUUUCUCAACAAGAGGCACCACUCUUAUGAGGUUAACUGAAGACAGGGACCAGAUACGGCAAGGCCUAGAAGAGCUGCGGAAGGUUCUGCCAGGGGGUGACACUUACAUGCACGAAGGAUUUGAAAGGGCAAGUGAACAGAUUUACUAUGAAAAUGUUCUAGGUUACAGAACUGCAAGUGUCAUCAUUGCACUGACAGAUGGUGAACUCCACGAGGAUCUCUUCUUUUAUGCAGAGCGAGAGGCUAAUCGAUCAAGGGACCUAGGAGCAACAGUGUACUGUGUUGGAGUCAAAGAUUUCAAUGAAACUCAGCUGGCUCGAAUUGCUGACAGCAAGGAUCAUGUCUUUCCUGUGAAUGAUGGAUUUGAAGCACUACAAGGGAUCAUAGACUCUAUUUUGAAGAAAUCCUGCAUUGAGAUUCUUGCUGCAGAGCCUUCCAGUAUAUGUGCAGGCGAAUCGUUCCAAGUUGUGGUGAGAGGGAAUGGAUUUCGACAUGCCCGUAAUGUUGACAGAGUCCUCUGCAGCUUCAAGAUCAAUGACACGGUUACUUUCAAUGAGAAACCUUUUGUGGUGGAAGAUACAUAUUUGCUCUGCCCGGCACCUGUGUUACAAGAAGUUGGAAUGGAAGCAGCUCUUCAGGUGAGCAUGAAUGAUGGCCUCAGUUUCAUCUCGAGCUCUGUCAUCAUCUCCAGCACACACUGUUGCAUCCAAGACAGAAGAAGCCACUAGUGACCUGUUGUGCC